AUGGCUGUCCGCGCGCAAUUUGAAAACUCCAACGAAGUUGGUGUCUUUUCUACCCUCACAAACGCAUAUGCGAUUGUCGCAGUCGGCGCGAGCGAGAACUUUUACAGUGUCUUCGAAGCCGAACUUCAGGAUGUCAUUCCUAUUUGCCAUGCCACCAUCGCCGGAACCAGAAUCGUCGGCAGAUUGACAGCUGGCAACAAGAAGGGCCUCCUUGUCCCCACCACCACCACCGAUCAAGAACUCCAGCACCUGCGAAAUUCCAUACCCGAUGAAGUCAAAAUUCAGAGGAUAGAAGAGCGCUUGUCCGCCCUCGGCAACGUAAUAUGUUGCAAUGAUCACGUUGCCCUUGUUCACCCGGACAUUGAGCGUGAGACAGAAGAGAUAAUAGCAGAUGUGUUGGGCGUUGAAGUUUUCAGGCAAACCAUUGCUGACAACGUGCUCACCGGAAGCUACAUGGCGUUGAGCAACCAGGGUGGAAUUGUCCACCCCAAGACUAGUAUUCAGGACCAGGAUGAGCUUUCGAGUUUGCUCCAGGUUCCGCUUGUCGCAGGCAGUGUGAACCGCGGUAGUGCUGUUGUCGGUGCUGGAAUGGUCGUCAACGACUGGAUGGCCGUUACUGGUCUCGAUACCACCGCUACUGAGCUUUCAGUCGUCGAAUCCGUUUUCCGGCUCGGCGAGGGCAAUGGCCCAGCCAACAUCAACACCACACACAAGGACGCCAUGGUCGAAUCUUUUUACUAA